AUGACCGCCAAAUUUUACGUGUUGUGUCUGGUGACGGCAGCUCUAGCAGCAGGACUAGAGGCGCGCACUCGACCGCGCCUGCAGCAACCCGUCGACGACGCAUACGAAUACGAACAGCAGGCACCGCAGAGAGGUGGUGGGGGGGUGCUAGUACAAGGCGAUUCUUACGAUGACCUGUAUCGCGCUGCAGACAGGAUCGACGAGGACUACGAGCCACAAGCUAUACAGCGGGCCCCGUUGAGAUACAAGCAGCAGCAGUCACAGCAGCAAGAAGGACCGAAGCAGCCGCCAGUGCAGACUAUUCGCAACUUCAAUAGAGUAAACGAUGACGGCAGCUUUACAUUUGGGUAUGAAUCAGCUGACGGUUCCUUCAAGGAGGAAACCAGAGGUACUGACUGCGUUGUUCGAGGCAAGUACGGUUACGUCGACCCCGAUGGCAACAAACGAGAGUUCACCUACGUCUCCGGCAAUCCUUGCGACCCUAACAAUCCCAAUGAGGAAGAGGAGCCUGAAUCAGCAGCUCCCGAAUCCGCUGAAAGAGAUGAUGGCGUACCCAACUAUCCCACAAGACCCGCGGUGCGUCCCACAACUGCGAGACCCCAGACCACCUACUUCCAAAACGACUUCAGGGACGCUGAUGAAGAGGAACCAGAAGAAGAACAGCUCCAACAGAUAAGACCUAGGAUUGUUCAACGCCCUGUUGUCAGAAGACCAACUUACCAUCAACAGCCACAGCAGAUCGCCAUCACACCACGACCAGUCCCUGUAACUACCGCUAGGGCCCUUCCACCAGCGACUACCUUCAGACCACAAUUGAUUCAAGUGACACCCAAGCCUCAACUCCAGUAUCAGCCACAGCAUCAGCCUCAGCAUCAGGCGCAACCUCAGCCUCAGCAUCAGGCGCAACCUCAACCUCAGAUCCAAUAUAGUCCUGCACCAAAUUACUCUCCAUCUCCUUCUCCAGUUGCUGUGACAACUGGAAGACCGAGUCAAAUAGAUUUCGCAGCGGAAUUUGCCAAAUUCCACCAGGAAAAUCAAUACCAAUCGACUACACCUGCGGCUUUGAACACGCAAGGAAAAACUACCAUUACCGCGGCAGCUCCAAGCGGAAAUCCUCUAUACUCUACUGAAUUGGUCUAUGAUCCUUCAAGUGGACAAUACAACACCCAACUUUACCAGACCUUGCCGCAAACGAAGGGAGAAUUAAACUUGAAUCAAAGAUUGCAGCCGUUUGUUGCUCAACAGCAACCACAGCGCCAAAGGCCCUUUAUUCCCUCUCCCCAAAUUUCUGCUGAUCCAACUGGAGCGAGUGCGCCUCUUUACAGACAUCAGCUCGCGAAUCCUCAAGAGGUCUACCAGAGACAACAAUCCGAAUCUCAGUUCCAAAGCUCUCAGCAAUUGUUUGCCCAGCAACAGCAGUUACAGCAGACUCAGUUGCAAAGAGACAGGGCCGCAGCCAGAGCUCAAGCACAGAGAUUGGCAGCUCAAGUCCAGCCCGUUCAGAGCCAGUCCGCACCAAGGCCAGCCCCUCAAUAUUAUUAUGUGGCCCCCCGCGGAGAAUCGCCGUCUUCUGGCCAGAUCGACGCCUUCUUGAGAGGACACGGCAUCCAGUUCUAG